UUUUCAUAUUAUUCAUUUUUCAUAUGUUUAACUUUAUAUUUCAGGAACAAUAUGCUGACUUUUUCGGGAACAAAAAUUUCUCAUUUUGGGGGUGAUGACAACAUGAAUACCAAUAGACAAAGGACACCGAAAAGAAACGACCAAGAAAUUGAGAUGAAGGUUCAAUCCGGGUUCAAGGAAGUAUUUUCUCCAGAACUAGACUGUGAUGUCGUAACUCCAGAUCAUAAUUCUACUCCGAUCCUCUGCUCUCACCUAUCAUUCUCCAGCAAGAAGGAGGAUAACCUCUUCAAUACCCCUGGACAUGCUGGACCUACUUACCAGGCAAUCUUUACACCGGAGAUGGGGGGAAGUACGAGUAGUGUUUCCAAACUAUCCUUAGAGCAUAACAUGGGACUCAAACCUUCUAUAGCAACCAGUGUAAUGACGUACCUAAGUCCGUGUAACCUGGAGAACUUCAAACCUCUGGAUAAAUCCUGUGAUGUCAGGACUCCAGUGAAGAAAUUUAAAGUGAGAAGAUCUUGGUUUGGAGUUACACAGAUAUUGUGUGGUUUGAUGGGUUUGGUCAUGAAUAUUGAAACCUUCAUCUUCUUCCCGCAGUUCCUGCUGGAGUGGAGAGGGGACGGGUUGAUGAUUUAUCUCCUGGUCCUGGCAUUAAUAGGGGUUCCUAUCUUCCUCAUGGAAAAUAUUAUAGGUUCCUUAGAGAGGUCUAGUUCUUUGUUUGUCUGGUCUACUCUGGUUCCUGUAAUGUCAGGAUUAGGACCAGCUCUGCUCACUGCAUCUCUCUUCCUUGUAACUAAGGCAAGUACCCUGACAAGCUAUAGUAUCAUGUACAGCAUUAACUCCCUGUUCAAUCCGUUCCCCUGGACGUUGUGUGAGAGUUGGUGGGGAGCUGAUGAUAGAUGUAUUCCUUCAUCAGAUAUAGAUCAUCAAUUCUUAAACAAGAGUCUUCUCUGCAAUGUGUACAAUCUUGCCGGAGACCAUUGUCAUCAGCAUUCAGAGCCAAGCCAUGUUCAGUUUUGGGAGAAAUAUAUUCUUCAGACGGAUCAGCAUGGUUUGCGAGCUCUAGGUGAUCUUGGAUCCCUGAAUAUUCAGCUAGUGAUUGUAUCCGCUGUUCUAUGGAUAUUAACUGGAUGUAUAGUUCCUCUAUUGAAGAAACAUGUCCUGGGUGUAGCUAGUGUACUAUCUGUUCUCCUGCUCUGUCUAGUCGGAGCGGUCUCAAUCAGGAACCUCGUGAAGCAGGAUGUUUUACAAACCUUCAAGAUGGUUCUCAGUCUAAGUCCUUCCCACUCCUACAGGAGCCCUGGUUGCUGGUUGGAUUCGUUUUAUCUUGUUACAACUGGAUUAUUAAUAUUUAGUGGUCCUGUUGGAACCUAUACCUCGCUCUCAGAUGGAUCUCGGAGCAAUAAACUAAUCUCCUCCGCAGCAAUCAUGUUUCAUCUUCUCUUCCUAGUCCUCUCUUCUAUAUGCAUCCUACCACUGCUUCCUGACAACCUUGAUAUUAAAGAUAUCAGGGAGAAAAAUGAAAUUGGAUAUUUCCCAUUUGCUCUGAUUCCUGUUUUAAUCUCUGGGUACAAAGACGGAGAAUAUUUCGUCAUGGUUAUUUAUCUAGCUAUAGCCCUGUCAGGGUUUAACCUUAUACUCGGAGUAUCAACAAAUAUUGUUUCAAUCUGUGCACUGUCCUACUCAAGAAGUCGGUUUAAGGUUUUAAUUUGCUGCAUACUCCUUUCCUUGCUAGGAUUCCUUCUCAGCUUACCUCUGAUCUUCCAGAAUGGAUCCAGUAUCCUAGUGCUGUAUCACAAAUACGGAUACAAUAUUCCAAUCUUUGUUCUUGGAAACCUUCUCUCUAUCUCAGUGUUCUGGUGCUACGGGGUUAAAAGACUAUCCCUUAGAACGAAAGGAACUCUUUUCCAACUAGUUUUCAAGUUUCUGUGGUUCAUUAAUCCCCUAUUUAUUUUCGGACUAGUUGUGACAUACUUUGUGGUUUGGCCGUCGGUACCACAACCUUCUCCUCUUCCACCCUGGGCCUUUAAUCUUGGUAUAUUCUUCUCCCUGGUUUCUAUAAUCCAGGUUCCGAUUGGUUCAGCCAUUACAAGUUUUAAAUGGAUGUACACUGGGUACGGGUCACAGCUGUUCGGUCGGGCUGGACACAGGACUAAAGGAGAAAAUAUCGAUCUUAACGGUUGUGACUCAUCAUCAUACAAAUCUUAUAAUCCUAACGAGGACUUUUAUAAAAAUUAACUUUGUUGGCUUCCGACAUUUUAAUCGACUUAAUGCUUGUAAAAACUAUGCAAUAAAAAGUAUUUAUACAGG